UACGAUAUAGAGACGGUGAGCAGAUUCAUUAAGAACUCUCUUCUCUCUCCCCUCCCGUCGCCCAGAAAUCCCCAAUCGCCGCCUUUAAUUCUUCCCAUAGAUCCAGUUCUUGCCCCUUGUGCGGCGGCGACGGUAGUCUAGUGGGACGGGUGUUCGAUUUUAGGUCAGUUGAUCCUCUUCGAUCGUGGAUUGGGGUUUUGCUUGUAUUGCGGGUAUUAAGCGUUGAUUAAGAGCAGCCGGGGCGCCAUCCAUGGCGGAAUUGAUCGGGCCUCGUGUUUACAGCUGCAGCAAUUGCCGAAACCACGUCUGCCUUCACGAUGAUAUCAUAUCCAAAGCAUUUCAGGGGAGAAACGGGCGUGCCUUUCUGUUUUCUCAUGCCAUGAAUGUUGUCGUGGGGCCAAAGGAAGAUAGGCAGCUGAUGACAGGGCUGCAUACGGUUGCCGACAUUUACUGCCGUGAUUGCCGUGAGGUGUUGGGAUGGAAGUAUGAAAGAGCUUAUGAAGAGACACAGAAGUACAAAGAAGGGAAGUUCAUAUUUGAGAAACCCAAGAUUGUCAAGGAGAACUGGUAGUAAAAUUUCUAAUGGAUGCUGUGUUGGUGAAGCUUGUGUUGUGAGCUUCCUGUCAGUGUAACAUUGUUGUCUGUGUGUUCUGAAUCAUCUGAUAGAACCAUCUGUUCUUGUGCAUAAGGCAAAUGUAAGUGAGAACUCAUCCCAAUUGUUGCAUUCUUGCUUCUCUGUUUCUGUAAAGAUUGCCUAUUGGCAAUUGUUUGAUCUCUGUGAAUAUCAGACUAUCGUAUUGUGGA